UUUGAGGCAACGAGCGCUUUGCAGUUGUGUGAUUGCGUGUCAGUGUCACGCAUCGGUUGUAUACGGUUUACGGAUGUCGCGCGACGGUGGCUAAUCAGCUAACACUGAUGCUAAUAAGAUCAGAGAUUUAUAAAAUGUAAACUUUCACAGAUAUCUAACCUCUGAGAAAACCACUGAAAAUUUCACCGUCGUUCAACUCAGCCUACAGUUUUAACCAAAGUUUGCCAGCCAUGAAGUAAAGGUGGAUCGCACUACCCGGACACACCAAAUGUACAUGGAUGCUGGAGCAGCAUUUGUAUUUAAAGCGAUAUGGAAAAUGGAAAUGCAGAAGUGGCCUCAACCGAGACCAACCCUCACCAGCCAGACAUGCAACCCAGCAAAGAUCCAGACACCAAUACUCUGAAAUCCGGAGGACAGGAUAGAUCACUGUUCACAGAGAAAAUCCCUAAUGGCCAUGUCAAAUCUGAGCUCUUGCCAAACGGAGAGGCCAUGGUGGAGGGUCGGGAAGCUGACAGAGACAACACCCCACCUCUGGCAACUCCUUCCCCGGGCACCCGUCUUUCUGACUCCUCCCUGAACGCCGAGCUGGAUCCAGGUGUGCCCCGUUCCCCUGUCAACCUAGAGAAGUCUGAGGGUGCUCUUGCUGAGGGCUCUGUUCACAAGGGUGAUGCAUUGCAAUCGCUCAGACUAAGUAUUCCUAUGCAGGAGACUGAAUUGUCAUCUAAGGACCCAUCUAUGGAAAUGGAAAAUGAAGAGAAGAUCCGUCAGGAGGCGCGUCGGCGUCUGGAGGAUCAGCUUAAACAAUACAGAGUACAACGGCACAAAGACAGAACUCAUCGCUCCACACCUAAGAGCCGGCUAUUCAGCACUCUGGACCCGGAGCUCAUGCUCCAUCCCGAGGCUCUACCACGGGCCAAUACUGUCGCCAUGACGACAGAAUACUCCUUCAUGCGCACCAGCGUUCCUCGUGGUCCCAAACUGGGAAGCCUGGGAAUCCCUCAACCUAAGGAAAAGAAAUCCAAAUCAUCCCGCUCCAGCAAGAUUCACUCUCUUGCCGAUUAUAAAUCUCCUGAAUCUCAAAACGUAGAGACGUCCAGAGGUGCGGACACGUCGUUCGGUUCACUGCAUUCCACCAUCAGCUCCGUCUCGACGGUUUCCGAAAUUAGCGUCAGCUCAGAUUCGAACUUGCAACUGGAAUCAUCUCAGCAAAUUCGAGACAACGUCUCUGAGGUGGAUGGUAGCGAAUCGGGUUUCAGGGUUGAUGGUAACGAAAGCGAUAGCUCGUCCUACAGUAGUGUGUCUACUACAGGGACUUACAAUGUUUUAGCUGCAAUAGCAAAUAGGCCAAGAGCUCCAUACAACGUAGAAGGGAGAGAGAUCGCUGCAGAAGCAAUGGGCCACUUCCCAUCGCUACAGGAGGUCCUGCAGGCAGCCACUGAAGAGCGACACAUGGAGACACUGGAACAGGAAAGAGCAGACAGUGUGGAGCCACGAAGCCGCAGAGACAGCUUCUCCAGCAGCGUUUCGUAUGGAAGCUCUGUGAUGGGGACGCAUGAUGAGAUGUUACAAGUGUUGAAAGAGAAAAUGAGGUUAGAGGGACAGCUAGAGUCUCUUUCAUCCGAGGCCAAUCAGGCUUUGAAAGAAAAGACAGAGCUCCAGGCCCAGCUGGCCACAGUGACCGCACAGCUACAUGCCCAGGCUGAGGAGACUCAAGCCAGCCACGAGAAGCAGAGCGUUCUGACCUCUGAGGUCACCACGUUGCGCUCCAACUGCUCGACACUGGAGAAGGCCAUGGUGGAGCUUCAGGCCAGUCUGGAGGGGAAGAACGCUAGCUUGGCCUCGCUGGGAAAUGACCUACAGGUGGCUGAGGAGCAGUACCAGAGACUGAUGCGUAAAGUGGAGGAGAUGCAGCAGAGUCUGAAUACGAAGGACAACGCAGUUUCUCAGUUGCGGGGGCAAAUGGGAGGCCUGCAGACGCAGCUUCAGCGGGUCCAGAACGAGAGGAACGCUCUGCAGAGCAGACUAAAGACCUCGCAGGCGGAGGUGGACUCUUUACAGCAGCUCCGCCUCUGGUACCAGCAACAGCUCUCUAUGGCUCAGGAGGCACGUGUGCGAUUGCAGGGAGAAAUGGCCAACAUGCAGGCAGGUCAAAUGACUCAGAUCGGCGUGUUGGAAAAUCUUAAGAUGGAGAACGUUACACUGGCUCACCAGCUCACGGAGACAAAACAUCGCUCUAUCAAAGAAAAAGAACGAAUUGCAGUACAGCUACAGAGCAUAGAGGUGGAUAUGUUAACACAGGAAUCGGCCAUACAUCAGAUUCAGGAAGCAAAGUCGAUGGUGGAGGAAGAUCUUCAACACAAACUUGAGGAGUUUGAGGAGGAACGAGAGCAUCUGCUCAAACUGGCCAACACGGCCACAACACUGGAGCGAGAGUUAGAGCAGGUAAAACUCACUCUCUCCCAAAAAGACGCCCAGCUGGAGUCUUUCCAGCGUGAGCACCUUGAGCUGAUGAAGCAGCUCACCGCUACUCAGGAGAACCUCCAAACCAAAGAGCAGGCCCUCAAUCAGCUGGAGGCACGUUACCUGGAGCUCCAGGCCCAUCUGGAGGAGCUGCAGACAGACGCCACGGCUAAAGAGGAAACACUGCAGUUUCUCCAAAAUGAGAAAAUCGUCCUAGAGGUGGCUCUGCAGGCUGCCCGUGCUGACAAGAGCGUGCUGGAUGAAGGAGCGGAGAAGCUUGGAGAAGACGUUUUGGUGGCCUCGGAUACACUCGAUCGACUCAGACAAGAAGUGCAGGUUAAAGCAACGCAGAUUGAUUCUCUUCAACAAGAGAACGGCACCCUAAAAAAACAAGCACAGAAACUGAAAGAGCAGUUCAUGCAGCAAAAGGUGAUGGUUGAAGCAUACAGGAGAGAUGCAAGCUCCAAAGAGCAGUUGAUCUCUGAGCUAAAGUCAUCUAAGAAGCGUCUGGUAGCCGAAGUGAAGGAUCUAAAACAGGAACUUUUAAAAAUGGAUGGAGAGAAGAAGAGUGCGGAGCAGGAACAGGCUCGCUUGCAGAAGGAAGUGGAGCGAGUCCAGCAGCAAAUGAACGGCCUGGAAGUUCAUCUACAGUCUGUACAAACAGAAAGAGACCAACUUGACUUGCAGCUGCAGUCUUUUCAGUUUGACCAGAACCAGCUGGCUGCGGUGACGGAGGAGAAUGAAAAUCUGAGAAAGAGGAUAGAACAAAUGCAAGAUGAAGCCAGGAAGGCCAUCUCUGAGCAGAAGGUGAGGAUGAAGCGUUUGGGCACGGAUUUGACCAGCGCACAAAAGGACAUGAAGGCCAAGCAUAAGGCCUAUGAGAAUGCAGUCGGCAUUUUGAGCCGUAGGCUGCAGGAAGCACUCACGGCUAAAGAGACGGCAGAGGCUGAACUCGAGAAACUCAAAGCUCAGGUUUCAGAAGGAGGAAAUAGUCUGGAACUUCAGGCCAAGGUGGAGACCCUGCAGGGAGAGCUGAAGGCUGUGAGCCAGAGUAAAUCCAUGCUGGAGAAAGAGCUUCAAGAGGUCAUCAACCUCACCAGCAAUGAGCUGGAGGAAUAUCAGGAAAAGGUGAUGGAAUUGGAAGAUGAGCUUCAAGAGUCCCGGAAUUUUAAAAAGAGAAUUCGUCGCCUGGAGGAUGCUAAUAAGAAGCUGGCGCUUGAGCUAGAGCAUGAGAAGGGGAAACUUUCUGGACUUGGGAAAUCCCAUAGUGCAUUGCGGGAACAUGCCAAUAUUUUAGAGGCUGCACUUGCCAAGAGAGAAGCAGAUCUGGUCCAGCUUAACCUGCAGGUUCAGGCAGUAUUAAAGCGUAAAGAAGACGAGGACCAGCAGAUGAGACAGCUGGUGCAGACGCUGCAGGGUGCCCUAGAAAAGGAGAAAAUAAAAGUCAAGGAUCUCACAGAGCAGGUGGCAGAGGCUAAGCUGGAGGCAGCCCAUAACCGCAGACACUACAGGGCAGCUAUGCUGGAAUUGAGCGAGAUUAAGAAAGAGCUACAGACCAAAGAGGAACUUGUGGAAGCACUGCAGAAAGAGGCUAAGACGCUGGCAUCUCAAGAUGAGAAGCAUUCGGAGGAGGUUGCACGUUUCCACGAGGAGUUAGCCGAUGCUCGCGGACAACUCCAGAUCCUUCAAAAGCAACUCGACGAUGAGCUCAGUAAACAGCCGCUCACCAGUCAAGAGGUGGAAGAUCUCAAGUGGGAAGUGGAGCAGAGACAGCGAGACAUCGAGACCCAGAAACAGCAAAUGGAGAUGGUGGAACAGUGCCAGCAGAGAGAGAUGGACGCCCUUCAAGAAACACUUCAGAGAAUAAAGGUGGAGCUGGAGAUUGUACAGGAAGAACUGAAUGGCUCACGGAAGGAUAAGUUCAUGCUGCAGGCUAAAGUUGUGGAGUUGAGGAAUAGCAUGAAGACUGUUCUUCAGCAAAACAACCAGCUCAAACUGGACCUCAAAAACAGCAGGCUUAGGAAGCGACUGGAACUAAAGGGGGAGUCGACCCCAGUGACGCCAGUAAAAAUCCCAGACUGUCCUGUUCCGGCUUCGCUAUUAGAUGAGCUACUAAAGCCCUCGACAUCCAUCAAUAAAGAACCCCUCAAUAACCUCCACAACUGUCUGAAACAGCUAAAGCUUGAGAUGGACAGCCUUCAGAAGCAGAUGGAGGAGCACACGGUCACAGUGACGUCAUUGACCAACGCAGAGGAAGAGCUUCAAAAAUUAGGACUCCAAGACAAUAGUAGCAACAAGUCAUCUAAUAAAGAGGAAAACAAUGACGCCAAGCGAGAGAUGCAGCCCUCAUAAUCCCAAAAAAUCUUUUAGAGACACUAGCCGGGAGAGUUUAGUUUUAUGUUCAUGGGCACUUUCUAAAAAAUGAGUUUAACUUAUCAACUGCCAAUAUUUGGCUUUCCCAACUGUUUGGGUGGAAAAUAGUUGUUUUUUUGCACCACGGUUUUAUUCUUUCGGGGUAAUUUUGGUGUUUGUAUGUUUUGUCACUAUUUAUUGUCAGAUUAAUUGAGCUGCUCUUUGUUUAUCUCUCAGUUUCACAGUCCCGCCGUUUUGAUUUUAAAUCGUUUCCUUUCUCAUCUCGCGUGAGGUGCGGAAACGGAUCCGUGAGGGCUACUGCUAGGCUGCUAAGUUCCGCAGGAGUGAAAUAAGUCUGCAAAUCAGAUGACAUCCAGGGCACCAGACUUCCAGUGUUAUAGUAACUAGCGACCUGAUUGGUCGGCACGUAUCUGUCUGGUGGAGAUUCUCACUUCCUGCGUUAAGAAUUUAGCAGCUGAAAUGUUCUUCCAUUCCUCUGUGCCUGUGAAUGCGCUUAUCUCCCAUUCAGUCACUGUACAGAUUCCUGUUUGAGCUGAUCAUGUUCUGCAAUAUGAUGCAUUUUUAUCAGCAAAAUAAUAAGAGGUCCUUUAUCAAUUAAACAUUGCAAGCACAUAUCAGCUUUCCCUUAUUCAGAAUGAUAUUAGUGGCAAAACAGAUCCUGGAUCAGCACUCGGAUCCAGAUUUGAGGAAUUUUAAUAGCAAUGCUAUUCAACUGUAGUCCUGUGGGGGCGCUGUCCAACCCUUAUCAAUCGUAUUGCAAACCUAAAGACUUUAAAUCAUGUUUUUAAUGGGUUUGGAAGCACACUUGCCCUGUAGUAGUACUGAAAAAAGUAUAUAGCGAUGCUGACAACGUCCUGUCUUUAAGCACUAAACUGUUUCGCUUCACCCACAGGCAUCUGUGGGAUGUUUGUCUCAUUUUGAGCAUUAUGGGACCUUCAUGGUUGUGAUUCCAAUACUAUAAUUCACACCAUGGCCUCUUUUUAGUCCCGUUAUGCCCACAGCUUCAAACUCAGGACAUGAAGCCCCAAGAACGUGUAGAUAGUGUGGAAGUGUAAGAUUGGGAGAAAGCAGUGGCCCUUUUGUACAGGGUAAUAACUCGCAUCACAUCACAGUACAUCAGGUGGUCAUCUAAUAUCAACAGACGUCUGAGAGAGUCUCUGGUUCGCAAAUGUGAGAUCCUAGAUGUACACAGUCAGAAAAAAUUGUCAAGAUAUGUACCCCACGUAUCUCUGGGGCAGUACUCUUUCAAAAAGUAAAGCUUUGGACCGAAAAGGUUCAUAUUUGGUACCUCAAAUGUGCAUAUUGGUACCAUAUGUAUACAUAUCUCUACCUAAUUGUUACCUUUUAAAAAGGGUACUGGGCCAGUGAAAGCUGGGGUAUAUAUUUUGACCCUUUUUUUAACAGUGUACUGGUCUUGAUGCUGUAAUAAAACAACAGCUGUUAGUGUGACGAAACUAGUUUUUUAGGGCUGCGCCUUAAAAUUGAAACUGAAUCUUUUUGCUUAAACAAAUUGAUAAAUAUUUCUGUUAAAAGAUUUUGAGUGAAUGUGCUCUUGAAAGUGCUGUCGAGUGUGUGUUACGUAUAUAUUUAUAAUAUAUAUGGCAGGUAUUGACUUACAUUGCACAACUGCUAUAAGAAAGCAAACUGACGUUCAGGUAUAGACCGGUGUAAAAUUGUUACUGUUUGAUGCCCUUUUUUUGCCCGUGUUGAUACUAUGUUCACUAAUUUAAAAACGUUUUCACUUCCAGAAUUCUUAUAUAUAUGGAUGGUUUGCCAUUACAGCCUUAAAUAUUGGAGAUGUAUGCGCGUGUAUAUUUAGAAAAAUGUAUUAUAAUUGGGUAAUAUUUUUGUCUUUCCCCUGACAUCUGUUUAUGACAUAAUCUGUCUGUUGUUUGUCCAUGUGGAGCGGAACUUAACCGUCAUUGGCUUGAACUGUUUACGUUUUGAGAUAUGUAAUAAUGUUUAAACUGCUUUAAAUGACUAAGGCAUAAUGGGAAAUCAAGCUUUGUAUGCUAACAUGUACAUUUAUCAUAAUUCGUACAUAUUCAACAAAACGGAAAGAAACUGUUUUUAAUGAAUUGAAAAUAUACUGUGUGUAAUAACUGUACUGUCCGUUAAAAGCACGAGUUUCUCUUCACGUUUCAAAGCAAACCAUUCAACUCUUAAUUAUUUGCUUGCUCAAGAUUUUUAUGGAAUUUGCCAUAUUGAUAAUUCAGUGUAAAAUAUAAAUCAUUCUGUAAGUCGA